AUGAGAAUGGCAUUAUUCCAAGCGCCGAGGACGUUUAUCCUGGCGCCGAAGGAAGAUUGUCCGCGCUGCGGUCGACGACAUAUUCUAGUGAUAUCCCAGUGCAAGCAGUGGUAUAGUACUGGAGGGCCCGCGGUUGACUUGCCACAGUCAUUGCCCACCAUCUCAUAUCGAGGAAACGGACACACUUGUUGCGCUCCCAUUCGUCUCGACCUGCCCUAUUGCUCUGCUCCAUCCCACCCCGCGCCUGAGAUGUCUCCUCCUGAUGCAGUUUACCUCUCUCUGCUCCCUCCCCCUAUCCCGCCUGGGAUGUCUUCUCCUGCCUAG